AGGUGAAGGCCAGAGAGGUUCAAAGUUCGCACUAUGAAUUUUACAUACAGACGACAGAUGUUGAUGGUUCGAUUAUAGAUUGGCGGAUUUAAACUAUUUAGAUAAUGACAAUUAUUUAUUGAAAAAGUAACAAAUUUUAGACGUUGUGUGUGUGUGAAGCUAUGAUGAGUGAGUUUGGGUCGCUUGGCGAUGGAAUUAGAAGUUCUCGGAAUCGAAGUUCAAAUGAUCAUGAUAGACUUUAUCCAAGCCUGUUUCCUUCUGAUGAAGAGGCGGAAAGUGACAAUGCUAGUGAGUUGUCAGUAGAAAGUGAAGCCAGAGCAACACCUCCUCCUGUGAGGCUCAAAAAUCCUCUUUUUCCUAAAAAGGAGUAUGUUGAUAAGUUGAGACCAGAGGAAAUUCGGUGGUUCUACAAACAGGAUGGUGAUAAAGAAUGGACACCGUUUAUUGGAUAUGACUCUUUGAGAAUAGAAUGUCGAUAUCGGGCGUUGCAAAAUGUAGAGGAUGAAAAGGAAAUUGACACUGAUGUAAUUUUGGUUCUUGGUGGUUUAUAUCAAGUAGAUGUCUCCAAGAAGAAAUGUACACCUGUGUAUUGGACAGGUGAUGAGUCCGACAUUACACAAGGUCUUUGGUUCUAUGAAUAUAACGGACAACCCCUGGAGGAUGGCUAUGGAAUCCAGAUAGAGACGGAACAUGUCGCUAAAUUCAUGGGGCAUAGUUUGGAGCAGGAACAUUCUUCUCCACAGAAAGGACCCAAACCAGUGCAGCAUUCCAUGAGAUUUACUGACUUUUACAUAGAAUGGAACCACCCUAAUGAGAUUUAUCUGUACAGUGAGGCAGCUUCAUCAAGAUUUGUACGAGGCUUUAAAAAGAAACUGGGAAUGCAGAAAGCUGGUACCAGGCUGAUUCGAGGCUAUAAAUAUGAAGCAGUGAUGGAUGACAAGCCUGCUGACAUUUCUCAUCUUAUAUUUGUUAUUCACGGCAUCGGACAGAAGAUGGAGACAGGAAACAUUGUCAGGAGAGCUAAAGAGCUGAGAGAAAAGGUAACCCAGAUGAAAUCCAAGUGUUUUAGCCUGAUAGAGAAUUGCUCUCACAGAGCCGAGUUCUUACCAGUAGAAUGGAGAUCCAACCUGAAACUGGAUGGAGACAUGGUGGACUUAAUAACACCACACAAAAUGAGAGGAAUGCGUUCUAUUCUUAAUAACAGUGCAAUGGAUAUACUGUACUAUACCAGCCCAUUAUAUAGGUCAGAGAUAACCCACAGUUUACAGAAUGAGCUUAAUCGACUAUUUGAAAUGUUCUGCACAAGGAAUCCAUACUUCCAGGUCAAUGGAGGAAAAGUCUCUAUUGUGGCCCAUUCUUUAGGUGCUGUUAUUUCCUAUGACAUUAUAACUGGUUGGAAUCCAAUCCAGCUGUAUGAUCAGUUUGUAAACUCAGUCAUAGAGGAUGAACAAAAGGAUUCUGAUUCUAGUGACAUUAAAAAAGAAAUUCAUGAAGCCAGGGAAAAAGCUACAGCAGUUGAAUCAAUUCUGAAAGAUGUUCAAGAAAAACACAAGAAACAAAGUGGACCAACACUUUCUUUCACAAUAGAGAACAUGUUCUGCUUGGGUUCCCCCCUGGCAGUGUUCCUAGCUCUGAGGGGGUUCAGACCUCAAGGAAAGGGGACCCUAGAUCACAUCAUGCCUUCUAGUCUGUGUAAACGCCUCUUCAACAUCUACCAUCCAUAUGAUCCUGUUGCAUACAGACUUGAACCACUUAUUCUGAAGCACUACUCCACAAUCAUGCCUCUUCCUAUUCACCGAUUUGAUGGCAAACAAAAAGAGUCCUACAACUCCAUGAAAACAAAAGCAUAUGCUGCCUUUAAACCGUCAGUGUCUGCAGAUAAAAUAUCCGACAAAGGUGAUCCUAUUGAUGGCAAUGAUAGCACUGAUUCUGUCCCUCAUAGUAGCCGCGAAUCUUCACCUGCUCGUAGCCAGGGCUUUUCUGUCUUUAAAUGGUUGAAGGGUAAGGAAUCAGAGGACAUGUCCGCGGAGCUGAAGAUGCUGGAGAAGAUGGAACAGGACGUCCAGGAGAUAGAGAAACAUAUAAAAGAACGCAAGGAAAUUCUCCAGGAAGUCGACCAGACAGACUUGGAGUAUAGAUUGGAUUAUCAGCUCCGUGAGGCCAGUUUCUCCAGUAGUUAUUUCUCCAUGUUGACAUCACAUACAUCUUACUGGACUGACAAAGAUGUGGCUUUCUUUAUUCUGUCUCACAUUCACCCGGAGCUCCAAGAAUUAUGACACCUCCAGUCUAUAGCAUUGCAUAUAACAGAGAGUUAUAUCUGAAUGAUAUUGUCAGGUGCAACAUACAAAAUGAUAUAAAUCAUCUUUAUUUAAUGUCCCAUUUAAUAAAUGAAAAUAUCAGCUCUUAAGAGCAAC